AUGCACAAGCUGUGGGAGAAGCUUAACAGCCAUGUCAAGGGGCAUGCUACAAAGGCUGCUGAUGCGUGGUCGGUUGAAAGACCUGCAGAAUCAGCGUGGAGCGGUGUGAUGCAGCUCAAGGCCAACGGACGUCUGGUCCCAGCUGCCAAGUCUCCUGAACUAUGGAGGUUCUGGACGGCAUAUCAACGCGGGAAUACAGUGACGUUGAUGAUUUACGAGCCUGUAUUCGCCCGCAGCACACUGACCAUUCAGGUGCUGCAGGCAGAAGUCUCAAUUGGUGAAAUGGUGACUCGUUUGCAAGACGUCUGGGGCAAUACAUACCAAGGUAGCUAUUCGACAUGGAUAGUGUGGGCCAACAAAAUGCAGCGCAACUUGGAUCGCUCCACAUGGGAUGCUUCUGUGCUAGACCCCCCACCCUCCAGACUGGAAUGUUAUCUCAGCCCAUCAGACGGACAAGUCCACGAACACCUUGUGCACUUGACUAAGUCCACGCGUGUGGCACUUGAUACCGUUAAUAUUGCUCUGGCGGACAACCAAGAGCUCAAGGACGCUUGGGAGGCGUACGGGUACCGAUUGGGAUCCCAAAAACGCGCGUUGGAAGCGCGCAAGGUGGAUCUCGAGGGGUAUUUAGGGGAUAUCCCGGUUCCUGCUGUUGACGAUGUGCAUGACCCGAUUCAAAGAAUUGAGAACAUUGAAAACAUCGAGCACCAAGAGUAA